ACAAACGUCUCCAUGGCAACCAACGGUUCCGAGGGGAUGGGGGCCGAAGAGGCCCAUGACGUCAAGAAGAAGGAAGGAAGGAAAAAAAGGAAGGAAAGAAAGAAGGGAAGAAGGAAGGGGCUGGGAGGGCGUUCAAGGAAGGAUGGGGCGAGUCUGAACAACGAAGAAGGUAAGCGGUGGCAACCGAGACUCAGGAAUAAGGCAUACAACUUGCAGAGACAGCAACGGUAAUGACCUCCUCUGAACAGAAACAAAAUAAAAUUGAUUCCGAAAGAUCUGCUGCAAAUACAAGAAAUGCAGAAAUAGAAUUGUGCUGCACCUAUCCGAGUGAGAGGCGAGAGAGAAAUCAAAUUUACAUUCUUUUGAACAUCAGUAAUAGUGUAAAUGAACAAGAAGAAAAAUCCUUCGACUAUGUUAAUGGAACAGGAUGGGAGGAUGCUGUCCAAGGCUGGAUCAAAACAGCCCCAUUUGCUCAACUGCAGUUACAAAAGAGAGCUAGAAAGGCAAGAACAAGCGAGUCUGUCAGUGGGUGCCUAUAUUGCUCAGAUCUGAUGCAAGUUAUUGACAAAGGUUUGGAUCAAGAUUCCAAGAUUACAGAUCAACUGAAAUCUGAUUUCAGAUCAAGCAAGUGUGCUGCCACAGACAAUAUUCCACAAAAGCAACAAACUCUGCUUUCUGCAAGUACAUCCAUAACACCACCUUCUGCAGUAGAUGACAUCAAGAAAGAAAGCUAUUAUGGAAAAAUACAUUCCAUCCAGACACCCCAAGAAGAAAAGGCAAGAAUGAUCUUAAAGGAUGUUCCACCAUCUCUAAAUGAAAGAAAGUUUUUUCUAAUGAAAGAAAGCUCAGUACUGCAAGUAGAAAAGAAAGCAGUGCCAAUAAAAGAGUUUAAUAUACUGUCCCCGGGAAAGUUCAAAAGUAUAGAAGCCCAGAAGUAUAAGGACAUAAAGAACAGUGACCCCCUUGCAUGUAACCAAGUAGGUUCUGAAGCUCCUGCCAUGAAGCCAUCACUAGUACUGCCACCUCUGAAGGAUGCAGCUCUCAAAAACAACAGCCUGGAUCCUUCGCCAAAGAAAAGUAAGACAGCUUUAUCCCAGGCAAGUGAAACAACAUUCCAUGCUGUUUCAGAGACAAUUUCCUCGGCUCAGUUUUUUAAAACCAAAGAGCAGAAGUUUGAAAAAAGAAUAGGUUCAAUAUUGGAUGCAGUGAAGGAACAAAUUAAAAUGCAAGAGGUAGCCUCUCUUUUCCCAAGGCUUUCAAAGACUUCAUUCUUCUCAAGAAAUUUGGAUCAGUCCUACUGGCCCUGUGCUUUUUUACCCGAUAGAAAAGUUGCAGCUGUGUCUAACUCAAUUGCAAUGAGAAGAAACAAACAUCCAAACAGCAUGCAUUUUCUGCAUACGAAAGGAUUGCAAGUCAGCAAAGCCAGUGAGAUUCGAGACCCUUGCACCGGAAGCAGGAGUCACAGUGGAACAAAUCAAGGAAAUGGGUCAAAACCCCAGGAGAUCCCAGUGCUUUCUGGACUAUUCCCCUCCUUAACGGAACAAGGUUGGGGGAGAGCGACUCCCUUUGCAUGCUGUAAAAUCUCCAAAAAGCCAAGGAGAAACAAAAUACUUCCAAGGAUAUGUCAUCAGAAAAUCACAUCUAGUCUGAAAAAAAACAUGGACUGGGUAGAUCAACUAGGAAGCAAGAAACAAAAAAAUCAUGACAAAUUUCCUAAAAUAGAAACCAUUUCAAGCAAUCAAGAGAUUGGCGUCGCCAGUAUCAAACCAUACAAAAUGACGACAAAUUCUGAAAGAGAAAUCAUGAGAAAAAAAUUAAACUCUAUUCAAACACUUCUAGGUGAAGAAAAGACCUUGCCUAUAAAGGAAUAUGAAAUUAACUACUCAAAACAAUGGACAAGACCUAAAGUCAUGAGACAUAAGGAGACCAACCUGUCAAAAGUAAUCCAUAGCAACUUGAGCUAUAUAACCUUAAAUGCAUUGUUGGUCUUUAGGCAAGAUGAAUUUGGUGUUAUCAAUAUACAUCUGGAGCCCCCUUUAAAUAACGAAGCAACUGCUGCAAAAAGAACUAAAAGAGAAGACGCCACACCUGAUGAAAUGGUAUCCCACAGACCUGCAACUAAAAAAGUCAAGCCAAAGAAUAGAAAAAAAAUUGGUAUGAAUAAUGUGGUAGAAAAAUCCAAUACAAAAAUAAUGUACCACUCUUUGAUUUGUCCACAAGACUCAGGUAUUUUGUCUUUUUCUGAAAUAUGUUGGGUCUUUUCCGUGGCCUAGAAUAAUCUUGUGAAGUCAUUACUAUUCAGUUUGCAAAGAUAUUGAACAUAUUUACUGCAAUGGUGAAACAGGACAGCAUUGCCUCAAGGAGCCGUGGUGGCGCAAUUUAUUAAACCUUUGUGCUGGCUGAACUGCUGGCUUGAAGGUUGAGUUACUAACCUGAAGGUUGCUGGUUCAAAUGUGUGAGAUGGGGUGAGCUCCUUUCUGUCAGCUCUAGCUUGCGGGAACAUAAGAGAAGCCUCCCUGCAGGAUGGUAACACAUCUGGGCAUCCCCUGGGCAACGUCUCUGUAGAUGGCCAAUUCUCCUACACCAGAAGCGAUUUGCAGUAUGUUCUCAAGUUGCUUCUGACACAAUUAAAAAUUGCCUCAAGUAUAGCAACACCACAAAUUAGGCUGUAAACUUAAUCAUUAGGAUUUAUGAGCUCAGCUUUUACUUGGAGGCAAAUAUCUGGGAUUCAUGAGCUCUGGUUCUAGCUUGUUACAUGGGAAGGAAGGGCAAACACUACUCAAAAAGAGAAAGGGAUGCUUAUUAAUUGAGGCAAAUUCAGAUCUAACAUACUACUAUAAUUGUGAGUGUAAUACACAGUUGCUAGAAAUUCAAAGUGGCAUGGAUGGGUCUCUGUUUUUUAAUACAUUUUCCAGCUCUUCAAUUUUUAUGGCAGCCUGUUUCGCUUUCUCUUGAAAUCAUUGCAUCUCCUUAGGAAACCCUGCCGAACAGAGCUGCCACAAGACAAGAGGGAAAUAUCCUCUCAUUCCACACACUUUGUAAGACACAAGUGCUGUGUGGAAAACAAAAUGACCUUUUUUCUGUAGCAGUUCGAUGACAUCAUGGUUUCUAAUGACUAAAAUCACAAUGCUUUGAUCUGUUGAUCUUUCAACAGUAGGUACAUUUCUGGAAAAUAGCUCUACCAUUGCUAGUAGCUUCAAAAACAAAAUUUAUUCUGUCAAAUGCAUAUCUUAAGGAAUGCGAGUAAAAGGCCAGAUAAUGAUAUACAGCCAUGAAAUACCGAUUUUUUUAUUGUGUCAGAAGCGACUUGAGAACAUUCCGCAAGUCAUUUCUAGUGUGAGAGAAUUGGUCAUCUACAGAGACGUUGCCCAGGAGACGCCCAGAUGUGUUAGCCGGGAGGCUUCUUUCAUGUCCCCGCAAACUAGAGCCGACAGACAAGAGCUCACCCCAUCUCGUGGAUUCGUACCAGCAACCUUCAGGUCAGCAGUUCAGCUGGCACAAGGGUUUAACCUACUGUGUCACCACGGCUCCUCCAUGAGAUGCUGAUGCACAUACAGAAUAACCAGUGAUAGUUCUGCAUCUAACAGAAGAGUGAAUUAAAUUGUUUUGGAGGUGGGAAUUACCCAUAGUAAAGUAUAUGCAGAUGGUUUCAUAAAUCAACUCAUUCCAUUUGCAACUAUUGAGAACAAGCAUGUCCAGAACAAAUAAAAGACAACCAAACACUAGCAUGCUGCAUAAAUAAUAUUCAGUAAAAAUAAAAGGCAGGAAUGCUGGUGAAUCAAGACAGGCACGUAUUUACUCCUUUGCCUUUAUGACAUACAUGGGCUGCAUCACAUACAUGUGGGCACUUAAACAGUUUUACACAGGGCAAAGAUUAAUUUAUUUCAAGUCUAUAGUACUUGUAGUUCUAUACAUGCAAUUGCAUAAACAUCUAGUGUGUGCGCAUAUGCAUUCAAGCUGCCUGUUGACUUCUGACAAAUCUGUGAAUGCCAUAGGAUUUUCUUAGACAAAGAAUACCCAGAGGUAGUUCUGCCAGUUUUUUCCUCUAAAAUGGAACUGACUGUACCUGGUAUUCAUUUGGCAGUCUCCCAUCCAAGUACUAACAAGGGCUGACCCUGCUUAGCUUGCAAAACCAGACCAGAUCUGGUUAACUCAUUUUACGAUUACAAAUCAAGAGGCAAGUGCAUUUUGCCUACUGUGCUUGCUUUAUUGUGCUCUCAAAGAAGUAACCAUGUUAGUCUCUUGCAACGUAGAAAGAGGAAGAUGGAAGUGGUAAAAAAAGAAGCAACUUAGCAGUACCUUUAAAAAAACAGUUAUUUUAGCAAGAGGGUUUUUUUUAUAUAGCCCCACUGCUUUAGAUGCAGUACAGAAAGAUAUCCAAGCCUUAGGAAUAUAAAGAAUAUUUAUACAAUUGUGGAGUGAAAUUAAACAUAACAGGAUCCAGAAAUCAGUUUUUCAAAACUGCCUCUCCCAUCACUGCAUUAGUGAAGAUGCUUUCAAAGAUUGCACAAUAUGGCACACUGUUGAUCACCUUUCUUUUAUCCCUACUUUGUAAAGUGCUGCUGCUGACCCUUUAAUUGAAGGCAUUAAAAUAUCUGAAACAUAGCAGCUAGGAUAGCCUUGUGAAGGCUAAAGAAAGAAACCAACUAAGUUUUGGGAGAGUUGAUCACGUGGAAAAAGUUAUAGGCUUGAGACAGGCAGCAACAUGUAAAGCUAUGUUCCCCUUCGUUGCCUGAAUAAGAACUUAUUUCAUUUGGUUUCUAGGUAAUAGUGAACUCUAACUGAAAAAAUCCCAACAACAUAAGAACUUAAGUAUGAGGUUCUUCCCAGAAAAAGCCAGUAGGUUACCCAAUAUUAAAUUGGGUUUGUUUAAAGGUGUGUUAUCUAUAUAGACCAUAUAGACUGUUAUUAUUCCAGGAACUGCAAAUAAAUAUUCCAAUGCAUAACA